ACACCAUUUCUCUGUUAGGAAAAACUGAAAAUGCUUUGGAGGAAGCAUUGAAUUUUUGUACCACAUUUUAUCCAACGUCAUAUUUUUGAAGCAAUUUCACUUCAGUGUGUGAAAAGAAUGCCAAAGAUCAUCGGGCUUCAGCAUUUCCCGUUGCUUAGCAAUGACGCCAUUAUAUAAAAUUUUGUGAUUUUUACAAAGUUUUAACUAAAAUUCUGCAAAUAAAAAGUUAUCUGUCCCCGAGACACCUAAAGAAAAGGCAAAAGUUUUGAGUACAUAAUCUAUUUUCAAUGUAAAAGCUUUCUAAACGCGUUGUUCGAAAAAAAUGAGCGAUGACCUGCGUUCAAAGGCCACACGGACUGCUAGCUCCGGAAAACAAGAACUGUUGCCUGCCAAACAGCGCGGUUUCUACUCAGAUAUUUUACGAGAAGAAGCUGCUGCCGAACUGAAGGAUACAAAGAUUGGACCUGCAAGAAAUGAGUGCAAAGUCUGGAAAACAGUUAAACAGAAACACAUACCAAAAGUUUCCACAUUCAAAGAACUCGAUGAUACAAAAAUCAAUUCAAAUAAUAUAAAUGAUCCAACAACUGCUUCUGUUUCCAGUUCAGACUUCAUAUGGUCUUCUUGGGAGCCAAAGGUACAAGUACCAUAUGAGACAGAAUCUGGUCAAGUGCCUCGGAAGAUUGUUAUUGAAAGACUAAAGCGUAUUUAUGCCAGUCAUGACCUCACGUCGUUGCUUGAAGAUCGUGGAGUCAUGACAUCGGAUUUAAUGCCUCAGAAAGGCUUUAACAUGCGAGUUGAUCUGACGAAAGCCGACCCCAAGAACAAGCGCCUGUAUCCACCUUUCCUGUCUUUGGAUGUUUUUGAUAACACCGAGUAUGAUUGUCGCGUUCCACGUGAAUGGCUAAAUCUUGGUUUGGUUGACGGCGAACAGAGACCUGUACCUGGUAAAGCAUUGUUGUCUUUGACUGGAAAGGACGUCGCUCAACCCAACCAAUUUAAAUGGUUGGACGUUGGCGUCCUUGACUACAACCCGAAAACCAAACUAUAUUACAUCCGUGCUGUAGGUAAGGGUGGCAUCCAACAUAAUGUAAUUUCCAAUGAUACCAAACUGAAUGACGAUACCGAAGCUUUUCUCAUACCACCAACGCUGGCCACGGAGGGUUGUUGGAUACCACGAAUUCGUUUGAUGUUUUGUGCCGAGGAUCCGACGGUCUUUGCCGAUCGUGUUGCAUAUGCGUAUAACCUUCGUCUGAAAACGGAAGCUCUCUUGAGAUAUCAUCUUUAUGUAGACUGUAUGCCUGUCGAUGGGCUUACUGAACUUGACACGUGUUCACUCGAUCGUAUGGUCAGGUGGGCGAGCGAGACGAGCGCGUUGAGAAGAGGACCAAGUUUUGGUGAGAAAGUUCACAUUCUUUGCAAUGAAAUCAGACUCGACUUUGCGAGGGCAAUGAACAAGAUUUCAUUCGAUAAAACAGUCACAAAGAGACGCCAGACUUUUUGGUACGUCACCUUACCUGAAGUGGAGGAAACGAUUGUUCCAGAAAAAGGUUACUAUCCUGAUGUACCAAAUUGUCCAUUUGACGAGAAAUUCGAUGAGUUCACGUUUCUCUCUCUGCUUACUCGUGCCGAAGUGAUUCAUGCAAUGACGAAGGUUCGUGCAGAAUGUAACAGAGUCGCAGCCAUGUGUCUCUUUCAAAUACCUAUCACGAAAAGCAUGAGGUUGGAAGAGUUCGAACAGGCACAAAGUCAAGCCAGUUCACAGGUUCAAUUGUUUUUGAAAGACAGUUGGUUAAGUUCAUUACGUUCGGCCAUCAGAUCGAGUCUCAGCGAAGCCGGAAAAGGAUGGUUCAAUCUGAAUGAGAGCAUCUGGGAAGUUUAUAAAAUAUCAAAGCUGGCCAAGUUUAUGCAACUGGUCAAUUUUGCCAUGCAGGAUACAUUAAGGUUCCUCGUCCAAGAUUCACUUGCUUCAUUCAAACAGACUAUUCAUGAUGGCUGUCAUGACGUUUUAAACGUCCCCGACGAUGUAGUUUGGGAAGGAGAUAUCGUAAACAGUCCUUUCAAGCCGAAAAAGCAUCCGUUGUUUUAUGUGGAUUUGACAAUGGAGAAAGAGAGCGUCGGCUAUGGUAUAGAACUUCAUAGCUUCGAAGAUGUUGUCAUUAGUUUGUUUAAUAAAGGGAUUGCGUGCACAAGAAAUGUACCUCAGCUGGAGAAAAUGGUGAUGAAGGAACUGUUCUGGAGUGCGACUCCUUUGUUAGAGACUGUCGGAGAGAACGAACCACCCGUUGUGGAAACGAGAGAGUUCAUCAGAAGAGCGAUGAAGAAGUCCAUCGUGCCAUUAAAGGCGUAUGCUAAACAAUACGAAAUGUACUUAGAACUUUUCAACCUCGAUAUCAAUGGUUACUUACGGGAUUACGACAAACAAAAUUACAGCGCCAUGGAAGUAAAACAGGAAAUAGAGAUGCAUCUUGCCGAAAAAGAAAUCCUCGAAAACAGUAUACCGUCUCAAAUCGUGAUCGGUCCAUUUCAUGUUAAUACUGAAACUGUUCGUCAAAAACUAGCCGCCAAGAGAAAGGCAUUGGCCAAUCAGGUUAUCGAACUGUUGGCGAAAAAGCUACGAAAACAGAACGACGAAAUUUGUGAAGAGUUCAUGCAAAUUGCGAACACCCUGUACGAUAAACCCAACUGUAUCGAAGAAUUGGCCGAGCAACGUGAGUACAUGAAAACGAUCCCCGAUUUAUUGAAGAAAAAUCAAGAGUUGAUUGAUAAAGCAGUUAUCGAUUAUGAACUCAUCGAAGAAUUCUACUACAGUUUAUCACAGGAUGAUUUCAAUGUAAAGUGGACGGUUAUUGGUUUUCCAAACACGAUUCAACAACAAAUAGAAAUGACCGAACUCUCUCUGCAAGCAGAUGAAGAACGUUUCCAGAAGAAUCUGCUUUCAGAUCAAAACACGUUCCAAGACAGGCUCGACACGUUGAACAUGGUGAUCGCGGGCUUUGCUGCUCAUACUGAUAUCAAUCGCGCACACGAAAUCGCCAAUGACGUUAGGCGUAUAUCGAAACAGCUCAAAGAAUGCCAAGGAUUGGCUACUACAUACAAUAACAGGGAACGACUGUUUGGACUACCUGUGACGUCGUAUGACAAAGUGGGAAAGCUGUUGAAAGAUUUUGAACCAUACAAGAGCUUGUGGUUGACGACGUCCGAUUGGUUGAAGUGGUACGACUCCUGGAUGAACGAUCCUCUCAUAACCAUCGACGCCGAACAACUCGAGAGCAAUGUGAACAAUGCGUUCAAAACGAUGCAUAAGUGUGGAAGACAUUUCCAGGAGGUUCCAAAUGUUCAAAGUAUAGCGAAUGAGAUUAAGGGUUGGAUUGAAGAGUUUAAACCUUUUAUCCCACUAAUCCAAGGAUUAAGAAAUCCUGGUAUGAGAAGCCGUCAUUGGGACCAGCUAUCGAAAGAUCUUGGUUUCAAAUUGGUUGCAAAUCAAAACUUGACUUUUUCCAAAUGUCUCGAACUCAAACUCGAAGAUCACAUCGGUGUCAUCUCCAAAGUUGCUGAAGUCGCAGGAAAGGAGUACUCCAUUGAGCAGGCUUUAGACAAGAUGGAAAGUGAAUGGUCGCCGAUCGUUAUGGAAGUACUAUCGUACAAAGAGACUGGUACCUACAUCAUCAAAGUGAGCGACGACUGCUCACAACUCUUGGACGACCAUAUCGUGAUGACGCAAAGCAUGUCCUUUUCACCGUACAAGAAACCAUUCGAGGAUCGCAUCAACUCGUGGGAAGGAAAGUUGGUGAUGACCCAGGACGUCUUAGACGAAUGGUUGAAUUGUCAACGCGCUUGGCUCUAUUUGGAGCCGAUAUUUAGCAGCGAAGAUAUCAACAGACAGUUGCCAAUCGAAUCGAAGCGAUACCAAACCAUGGAAAGGAUAUGGCGAAAAGUUAUGAACAACGCAUUCAAUAACCCUCAGGUGAUAUCUCUUUGUCCUGAUGCCCGCCUGCUUGACAAUCUUAAAGAAUGCAACAAGUUAUUGGAACAGGUUCAAAAAGGUUUGAGUGAGUACCUGGAAGCCAAAAGAAGUUCAUUCCCUCGAUUUUUCUUUCUGUCUGACGACGAACUGUUGGAGAUUUUGUCGCAGACCAAAGAUCCUACCGCUGUACAACCCCACCUCAGGAAAUGCUUUGAGAACAUUGCUCGAUUACAAUUCGAGGACGACCUUCGCAUCUCGAAGAUGUUUUCUUCUGAUGGCGAAGGAGUGCCCUUCUCUGAGGAAAUGUAUCCCAGAGGUAACGUGGAGGACUGGUUGCUAGAAGUGGAGAGAAUCAUGAUGGCUAGCUUGAAGAGCAUACUUCAUCGUGCAAUUGUUGCCUACGAACAGACGCCACGAGUUGAUUGGGUAUUGCAAUGGCCGGGACAGAUCGUCAUCGCAGGAUGUCAAAUGCAUUGGACAAAGGAAGUAUCCGAGGCAUUGGAGAAAAAUGAGCUGAAAGAUUUAUUUGUAAAUCUCAGAAAACAGCUAAGUGACCUGGUAUCACUUGUCAGAGGUCAACUCACCAAAUUGGAGAGGUCAAUUUUGGGAGCUCUUAUUGUUAUCGAGGUCCAUGCUUGUGAUGUGGUGGACAAAAUGGUUCAAGAAAAUGUUCAAAACAUCAACGAUUUUGAGUGGAUAAGUCAGCUAAGAUAUUAUUGGGAAGAUGAUCUACUCAUUCGCGCCGUGAACGCUGAAUUCAAAUACGGCUACGAAUAUCUUGGCAACAGCGGGCGUCUCGUUAUCACGCCUCUCACUGAUCGAUGUUACCUUACCCUGACUGGAGCGCUUCAUCUCACUUUCGGUGGUGCACCUGCUGGGCCUGCGGGCACUGGCAAAACUGAGACGACUAAGGAUUUAGCCAAAGCUAUGGCCAUUCAAUGUGUCGUAUUUAAUUGCUCUGAUCAACUAGAUUUUAUGGCGAUGGGGAAAUUUUUCAAAGGCUUGGCAAGCUCCGGUGCCUGGGCAUGCUUUGAUGAAUUUAACCGCAUCGAUGUGGAAGUAUUGUCCGUGGUCGCUCAACAAAUUUCCACUAUACAACAAGCGCUCCAGAACAAAGUCGAAAGAUUCAUGUUCGAGGGUGUUGAGUUGAAGUUACGUCAUUCUUGUGCAGUCUUUAUCACCAUGAAUCCUGGUUAUGCAGGUAGAACGGAACUACCCGAUAAUCUCAAGGCGUUAUUCCGUCCCGUGGCUAUGAUGGUUCCUGACUAUGCUCUUAUUGCUGAGAUCAGUUUGUUCUCGUUUGGUUUCUCGGAAGCGAAAGUUCUCGCGAAAAAAAUAACGACGACAUUUAAAUUGUCGUCGGAGCAACUCAGCUCACAGGAUCAUUAUGAUUUUGGAAUGAGAGCUGUGAAGACCGUCAUUUCUGCUGCCGGUAACCUUAAAAGAGAAAACCCCGAAAUGGAAGAGGAGCUGAUUGUUUUGCGUGCCAUACGUGAUGUGAAUGUGCCAAAGUUUCUUUUGGAUGAUCUCAAGUUGUUCGAAGGCAUUGUAUCUGAUCUCUUUCCUAAGAUCAAGGAGCAGCCAAUUGAUUACGGUGAACUGGACUUGUCCAUACGAACUUCUUGCAAAAAGAUGGGUCUCCAAGAUGUUAAUGGUUUCGUGACGAAAUGCAUACAGCUUUAUGAAACAACUGUAGUUCGUCAUGGUUUGAUGUUGGUCGGACCAACUGGAUCAGGAAAGACAAAGUGCUACGAAGUUCUGAAGAGAGCGAUGACUUCAUUAAAAGGUCAAAUGUCUCCUGCGGGAACGCAGUUCGAGGAAGUCCACACAUGCGUAUUGAAUCCGAAAUCCAUAACCAUGGGUCAACUUUACGGAGAGUUUGAUUUAAUGACUCACGAAUGGACGGAUGGUAUUCUAUCAUCGAUGAUUCGCGAAGGUAGCUCUAGCUCAACGUCAGACAAGAAAUGGUACCUAUUUGAUGGUCCCGUCGAUGCUGUAUGGAUUGAAAACAUGAACACGGUGCUUGAUGAUAACAAGAAACUGUGUUUGACCAGUGGAGAAAUUAUCAAGUUGACUGAGUCGAUGACGAUGAUGUUUGAGGUGCAAGAUCUUGCCGUAGCUUCACCUGCUACAGUUAGUCGUUGUGGUAUGGUGUACCUGGAGCCGAGUAUACUAGGUCUUCAACCAUUUGUUGAUUGCUGGUUGAGAAAGAUGCCGGAUUUUGUUUUUGAUCACAGGGACGCUUUCAAGUCGCUCUUUGAUAGAUUUCUGGAGGUCAGCAUCCUAUUUUUAAGAAAACAACUGAAAGAGUUCGUUCCGUCCGUCGACAGCAAUCUCUGUUUCAGCCUCAUGAAUUUACUCGACUCUUUCUUUGCGCCAUUUAUUCCACGAGAAGGCAUUGAUAUUCCUCAAGAAAACCUUGAUAAAAUUGUCGUUUUAAUCGAACCUUGGUUCAUUUUCGCCCUCAUCUGGUCCGUGGGCUCAACUUGUGAUGGAGACGGUCGACACAAAUUUAGUCAAUUUCUACGCCAGAAAAUGCAAGACGAGAAAAUAAGCAUGCUGUUUCCUGAAGAUGGUCUAGUGUAUGACUAUUGCUUAGAUGACGGUGGAAUUAGUAAAAUUGGUACAGAUGAUGAUGAAGUUGAGACUACGUCAAGUGGAGAGGUUCGUUGGAAACAUUGGUUGGAAGGUUCACCGAACGUCGAAAUAACACCUGAGACGAGGUUUUCGGACAUCAUAAUACCUACGAUGGAUUUGAUACGAGGAUCUUAUAUCCUAGGAAUGCUGUUGUCGAACCACAAGAAGGUUGUAGCAGUUGGUCCAACUGGCUCUGGAAAAACGUUGUGCAUUAGCGACAAGUUAUUGAGACAUAUGCCAGAUAAUUAUCUAUGUCAUUUUCUUGCUUUCUCUGCGAGAACGUCGGCGAAUCAAACUCAGGAUAUCAUUGACGGAAAACUGGAUAAAAGACGGAAAGGAGUGUUUGGUCCACCUUUAGGAAAGACCUUUCUUAUAUUUAUUGACGAUCUCAACAUGCCUGCAUUAGAGACGUAUGGUGCUCAGCCUCCGAACGAAUUGUUACGACAGUAUUGUGAUCACAACGGAUGGUACGAUAGAAAGCAGAUUGGUGCAUUCCGUGAGCUGGUCGACAUCAAUCUUCUCGGGGCAAUGGGUCCCCCUGGUGGAGGCCGUAAUCCCGUUACGCCACGUUUGUUACGUCAUUUCAACUUUCUCACUUUCACCGAAAUGGAAGAUUCGAGCAAGUUCACUAUUUUUUCAACAAUAUUAAAUGGAUGGCUGGCAUCAUAUCAAGGUGAAAAUAAAAAUGAUCUUGGCAGUCGGUUGGUACAACAGACGAUCGCCGUUUAUAACACUAUCACAACACAGUUGCUCCCUACUCCAUCUAAGAGUCACUACACCUUUAAUCUUCGCGACCUGUCAAAAGUCUUUCAAGGCAUUCUCAUGGCGAAACCGGAUCGACUGGAAUCGAGGCUGGAACUACUCCGCCUGUGGUUUCACGAGAAUUGUCGGGUGUUUCAGGAUCGCUUGGUGAAUGAUGAUGAUCGUAAAUGGUUCAUAAAUUUGAUGAAAGAUAAAAUGACGAAUGGAUUCAAUGUCGUCUACGAUGAAGUUGUCACUUGCGUACCUCUCGUAUAUGGUGAUUUUAUGAUACCGAAUGUAGAAAACAAGAUUUAUGCCGAAGUGACAGACUACGCUAAGAUGGUGAAGAUCCUUGAGGAAUAUCUCGAAGAUUAUAACCAGAUCAAUACGGCGCAGAUGAAACUUGUAUUGUUCACGGACGCUGUACAGCAUGUUUGCAGGAUCGGUCGCAUCAUUAGGCAACCUUUGGGCAACGCUUUGUUAUUGGGUGUUGGUGGUAGUGGCAGACAGAGUCUGACACGACUGGCCACCCACAUGGCCGAGUACGAAUGCUUUCAGAUAGAGUUGGCAAAGAACUACGGAGUUCCAGAAUGGCGAGAAGACGUGAAGAAGGUGAUGAUGAAGGCUGGACUGGAAAACAAACCUGUUGUCUUUUUAUUCGUGGAUACUCAGAUUAAAGACGAAUCGUUUCUUGAAGAUCUAAACAACAUCCUGAACGCGGGUGACGUUCCAAACAUAUACCAGCCCGACGAACUUGAUAACAUAUACACUACCAUGAAACCAUUUGUUCAGGAUUCGGGACAACCACCGACAAAAGCUAAUCUUUAUUCUGCAUACACUAAACUAGUCCGCUCUAAUAUACAUCUGGUCGUAUGUAUGAGCCCCAUAGGCGAGAUAUUUCGCGCGCGAUUGCGUCAAUUUCCAUCUCUUGUCAACUGCUGCACUAUCGACUGGUUCUCGGAAUGGCCAGAGGAAGCUUUGCAAUCUGUUGCCUCUACGUUCCUUGGUGAGAUCCACGAGCUUGAAGAUUCACCAUACACCAAAGGAUUGGUGGACAUGUGUGGCAAUAUCCACCAAUCCGUAGCAAGAAAAUCCAAGCAAUAUCUUGCUGAGCUAUCUCGGUACAAUUACGUCACUCCAACGAGUUACCUUGAUUUGCUUGGCACAUUUCAAAAACUUGUGUCGUCGAAGAAGUCUGAAAUCGUCAAUGCACGUAAACGUACAAAGAACGGACUUGAUAAGUUGCUAUCGACAGCUGAAGAAGUUGAAAAACUACAAGAAGAACUUGAAUCUAUGCAGCCGUUGCUCGCCCAGGCUGCCCAGGAUACUGAAGAAACAAUGGAACAGAUUGAGAAAGACAGUGUGGUUGCUAAUGAGACCAAAGUUGUUGUCCAAAGGGAAGAAACAGAGGCAACUAAGAAAGCGACUGAAACUCAAGCCAUUGCUGAUGACGCUCAACGAGAUCUCGACGAGGCCCUCCCUGCUUUGGAAGCGGCUCUCACUAGUCUGAAAUCGCUGAAUAGGAAUGAUGUUGUCGAGGUGCGAGCCCUUCAGCGUCCACCUCCUGGUGUGAAGUUAGUCAUUGAUGCUGUUUGUAUUAUCAAAGGAGUUAAACCGAAGAAAGUUGCAGGAGAAAAGGUUGGCACAAAAGUGGACGAUUACUGGGAGCCUGGUAAAGCACUGUUACAAGACCCCGCUAAGUUUCUGGAAAGUCUUUUUAAAUUCGACAAGGAUAAUAUUCCUGAUGCAAAUAUUCAAAAGAUUCAACCGUACAUUGAUAAUGAAGACUUCACUCCUACAGCGAUUGCAAAAGUUUCUAAAGCUUGUACUUCAAUCUGUCUGUGGGUGCGAGCCAUGCAUAAGUACCAUUUUGUUGCAAAAUCCGUGGCACCGAAAAGGGAAGCUCUGCAAAAGGCCACGGAAGAUCUUCAAGAAACUCAACGAAUUCUUGGAGAGGCGAAGGAAAGACUGCGUGAGGUUGAAGAAGGUAUCGCAUCGCUUCAAGCCAAAUAUGAAGAAUGUGUGUCAAAGAAAGAGGAGCUGGAAAAUAAAACGGAACUGUGUUCCGCUCGACUGACCAGAGCAGAAAAGCUCAUUGGCGGUUUGGUGGACGAGAAAGGUCGCUGGCAAGAAUCUGUUGCGGAAUUUGAUGGUCAAGUCAUUAAUGUUGUUGGGGAUGUCAUCAUAUCGUCUGGUAUUAUUGCUUAUCUUGGAUCAUUCACGGGUGAAUAUCGUACCGCUAUGGUUAGCGAGUGGGUCGAUCAGCUGACACAGCUUGGAAUCCCUCGUUCUGAAACGUGCUCUCUUGUAUCAACACUUGGUGAUGCUGUGAAAAUCAGAAACUGGCAAAUUGCAGGCCUACCCAGAGAUACUCUGAGCGUCGAGAAUGGCGUGAUUGUGCAAAAUUCUCGGAGAUGGCCGCUAUUCAUCGACCCGCAGGCUCAAGCUAACAAGUGGAUUCGAAAUAUGGAGAAAGAAAGCGGAGUGGAUGUUGUCAAGCUCACAGACAAAGAUUUUUUACGAAGUCUUGAAAAUGCCGUGAGAUUUGGCAAACCUUGUUUACUGGAGAACGUCGGAGAAGAACUUGAUCCAGCUUUGGAACCGAUUUUGUUGAAACAGACAUUCAAGCAGUCGGGAAGUACCGUGAUCAAACUGGGCGAUGCAAUCAUCCCGUAUCAUGAUGACUUCAAGUUUUACAUCACAACUAAACUUCCCAAUCCGCAUUACACCCCCGAGGUCUCUACGAAGGUCACAAUUGUUAAUUUUACUCUAGCACCAAGUGGUCUCGAAGACCAGCUACUGGCAAUCGCUGUUGCCGAGGAACGACCUGAUCUCGAAGAAGCAAAGAACCAGUUGAUCGUUAGCAACGCCAAAAUGAAACAAGAACUUGAAGAGAUCGAGAACAAAAUACUUCAUAAACUAUCCGCAUCUGAAGGAAGCCCUGUUGACGACGUGGACUUAAUUCAAACUCUCGAAGCAUCGAAAGUGAAAGCUGCUGAAAUUAAGGCUAAAGUAGUUAUUGCUGAGCAGACGGAAAAAGACAUCGAUGAAACCCGCAGUCUUUACAUUCCGGUGGCAGUGCGAACGCGAAUAUUGUUUUUCUGCACGUAUGAUCUGGCCAAAAUUGAUCCCAUGUACCAAUAUUCUUUGGAAUGGUUUAUCACAAUUUUCUUGAACAGCAUUGCAAACGCGGAACAAGCAGAUAACAUCACUCAACGUAUCGAGAACGUGAACGAAUAUUUCACGUUCAGUUUAUACAGCAACGUUUGCCGUAGUUUGUUCGAAAAAGAUAAGCUUCUCUUUUCCUUUCUGGUGUGUGUAAGAAUACUGCAAAAUGACAAUAAAAUUGAUGGUGAUGAAUGGCGGUAUCUCCUUGCGGGCGGAACUCUGGUUCCGGAGCAAGUACCCAACCCGGCAAAAGACUGGAUCUCGGAAAGAGCCUGGAACGAGAUUCUUACUUUACCGGCGCUUCCGAAAUUUGCCAAAUUCGCAGAAGAUUUUUGUCAGCACUUGGAAGGUUACAAAAGAAUUUUCGACAGUACAGAGCCGCACAGAGAACCUUUGCCCGGCACUUGGGACAAUGAUUUGGAUCAUUUCCAGAAGAUACUCGUACUUCGUUGUUUACGAGCAGAUAAAGUCACCAAUGCCAUGCAGGAUUUUGUCGCUGAAAAACUUGGUCAAAAAUUCAUUGAGCCGCAGACUGCAGAUCUGUCAUCAGUCUUCAAAGACUCGUCUACAAUCUGCCCACUCAUCUUCGUCCUAUCGACUGGAACAGAUCCGGCUGCUGAUCUUUAUAAGUUCGCGGAAGAGAUGCGUUUCUCGAAAAAACUAAACGCGAUCUCUCUCGGUCAAGGUCAGGGGCCUAGGGCCGAGGCCAUGAUGAGAUCCGCGAUGGAGAGGGGUAAAUGGGUAUUUUUUCAAAACUGUCAUCUCUCGCCUAGUUGGAUGCCCGCCUUGGAACGACUCAUUGAAAAUAUUGAUGUUGAUAAGGUGCAUCGCGAUUUUAGAUUAUGGCUGACCAGCAUGCCCAGUCCUAAAUUUCCAGUAUCCAUCUUGCAAAAUGGUUCAAAAAUGACCGUGGAACCUCCCAGAGGAAUAAAGGCAAACCUCAUGAGAUCAUAUGCGGGAUUUAGUGACGAGUUCUUCGCCGCUUGUAAACGGACUGAAGAUUUCAAGUAUUUGCUCUUCUCACUAUGCUUGUUUCAUGGUGUAACUCUCGAGCGUCGGAAGUUUGGACCACUUGGAUUUAAUAUUCCAUAUGAAUUCACCACUGGAGAUCUGAGGAUUUGUAUAAGUCAACUGAGUAUGUUCUUGGAUGAGUAUGAAGGAGUACCUUAUAAGGUAUUGAAAUACACCGCGGGUCAAAUCAAUUACGGUGGCCGUGUCACAGAUGACUGGGACCGUCGAUGUAUAAUGACAAUUUUGGCCGAUUAUUAUCGUCCGGAAGUUCUUGAAUCUGGUCACAAGUUCUCUUUAGCUGGCGUCUACAGCCAAUUAAAAGGAGAAACGCCGCACGAGGGUUAUCUGCAUUACAUUCGUGGCCUACCCAUCAAUGACACACCGGAAAUCUUCAGUCUUCACGACAACGCAAACAUUACCUUUGCCCAGAACGAGACGUUUGAUCUGCUUCAUGGAAUACUGAAAAUGCAACCAAAAACAACUGCGGGCGCAGGAAAGUCACGUGAAGAGAUUGUCGAAGAUAUUGGUCGUAGUAUACUGGAAAAGAUUCCAGAACCCAUUCCCAUCUUACAAGUAAUGAAUAAAUACCCUGUAAAAUACGAAGAAUCGAUGAACACAGUACUGACACAAGAGGUUAUACGUUACAACAAGUUGCUCACUGCCAUACGUGGCUCUCUCAACGAGAUGCUCAAGGCUCUUAAAGGUUUAGUCGUCAUGUCACAGGCACUUGAGACAAUGGUCGACAGUCUCUUUAAGAAUGCUGUUCCCGAAUUGUGGGCAAGUAAGGCGUACCCUUCCUUAAAGCCUCUUUCAUCGUGGGUGACUGACCUCAUUGCAAGAGUGACCUUUAUUCAAAAGUGGAUUGAAGAUGGUAUACCUUCGGUGUUCUGGAUAUCUGGAUUUUUCUUCCCUCAAGGUUUUCUCACUGGAACUCUUCAAAACUUUGCAAGAUCUUCAUCCAUAUCCAUCGACGUUAUAACGUUUGAUUUUGAGGUUUUACCUCGGGCAUCUGCGCCCACGUCAAGACCGGUAAAUGGUUGCUAUGUACGAGGUUUGUUUCUAGAAGGGGCUCAAUGGAGUGCAGAUAAACACGAGCUGGCUGAAUCAAAGCCCAAAGAGCUUUACACUGAUAUGCCAGUUAUUUGGCUAAAACCGACCGCUAACCGUGUAAAACCAGUUACUGGUAUAUAUGAGUGUCCCGUUUAUAAGACUCUCACCAGAGCAGGUACACUUUCGACAACAGGCCAUUCCACUAAUUUCGUUCUGUCUAUUGAAGUACCCAGCAGUCAACCUCAACAGCAUUGGAUUAAACGUGGAGUCGCAUUGAUGUGUGCCCUCAAUUAUUAAUGCACGCUUUUAUUUCGGCACUUAGACGUGAAAGGUGCUGUGUUGUUUUCUGGCCGAACGUUGUCGUCGUUAUCUCUUCAUUAUUAUUUUUAAUGUGAAUAAUCAGUUUUUUGUACAUUUUUAUAGUAAAUAUUACAUCACGAAAA